UAUAAUUAUUGGCAUAUUUGUUUUAAAUGGCAAUAUGACUACACAAUAUAUAAUUCUUGAUAAUACUGAAGAUUACAUCCCAGUUUCAUGUUGUUUUAGGGAUAAGAAAAGGAGAAUACAUUUGGUUAUUGCCGUUUCUGCUGGUAAUAUUGACGAAAAACUGGGCGUUUUCGUGGAAAAUUUAAAGUCGCAGGGUGUCCACGUAGAAGAGGAUUUCGGAGUUUACGAUAAUGAAAUUAAAUUCAUCAAGUUACACCUACCAGACGAUAAAGCAGCAGCUUUUGCUAAGGCCUAUCAGAUUGAUUGUUACUAUGAGCGUAGGCAAUUUUGGACGGAACAAAAUCCAAACUCUUAUUUAAGAAAAUUUUUCCCUUUUCAUGAAACAUCUGUAGUAGUAAACGAACGUAAUCCAAUGUACCAGAAGUCGACAUUUGAGCUAAACAAAUCUCCAACAAGUAUUACAUAUUCUGAGGUCAGUUACGUUUUGUACAAAUUACUGAACGAAACGCAUUUUGGAGACAAGCAGUUUGAGUUUGGAGUGGACAGACUGUUGAAUAAAAAGAUUGCAUUAAGUAUUUAUUCCUUACACGAAGGACAAUGGCAAUGGACUGUUGAAGGAGGCGUUAGUUCGCGACAAAUUUUGGCAAAAUAUUGGUCAAAUUCAAAAAUGUGCUACAAACAGCAGCCCAUGAAUUCGGUAACGAGAUAUUUUGGCACUGAAGUGGCCCAUUUUUUCGGCUUGCUUGGAUUUUACAUUAAGAUGGUAUUCCCUUUGGCGAUAGCCGGUAUUCUCUGUGUAAUUUGGGGCGUCUCGUCGAUCAAUACGAUUGAAAAUCAAGCCAGUUUGGAUGUUUGCAAAAGUGACAUAGUGUUGUGUCCCAGGUGUGACAACAAUAAGUGCAGAUACAAAUGGCUCCAUUCUGCGUGCUUUAAUAUGCAUCUAACGUAUCUGGUUGAUAAUGCUGGAAGCUUUGUUUAUGGAUUAUUUGUACUCUUUUGGGCUGUAAUAUUCCACAGACUUUGGCUUAGACGUAAAAAUACAUACACGUUUCUGUGGAAUGUUGAUAAAGAAAUUGAUAUUGCGAUAAGAUUGGAGUACGAGAAGAAAGCAAGAAGUAAAAGAACUUCUUAUUUUACUGGCUUAGAAGAGCCUCACAUGCCCGUGAAAGAAAAACUGGCUCGAUUAGCGCUUUCGUGGUCGACACUCUUUCUACUGGUUUUCAGUAUACUGUCGACAUUGAUACUGAGUGCCAUGAUGAGAGUUUGGUUUGAAUUAUAUUUUAAUCAAUUGGGAAGUAAACAUGAACUAUAUAUUAUGGAAUCAAAUAGAUUUUACGCCAUGAUAAUUAAUUCUUCGACUUCGUCCCUUUGCGUCAUACUUAUGACAGAGUUUUAUCGUUACCUUUCGAGUAUUUUAACGGAGUUUGAAACUCCAAGAACAAAAACCGAGUUUGGUUAUUCGUACAUCGUUAAACUGUAUGUUUUGGAGUUUGCAAACCAUUAUGGGUCGUUAUUUUAUAUUGCAUUUGUAAAAGGAAGAUUGUACACUCAUCCCGGAGAUCAAUCGUCAAACCCUAUUACUUACAUUUUAAGAAAUGACCAUUGUACUAUCCCGGGUUGUUUAAACGAUCUAAAUGUAAACCUUUUGGUACGCAUCUGGUUUUUUAUAGGUAGAAGUUUUCUUAAACCGAUUAUUAGGCGUUUGGUGAACUGUUUUCGUUUUAAAUGCAGACCAAAAACAAUACCUUUCGAUACUCUACCCCAAUGGGAGGCCGACUAUUACAUGACGAAAGUACCAGACACAUACCUUAUAAACAGGCAAUUAAAAAUUGUAAUCAUUCACGGUUAUAUGACACUGUUUGCUCUGGUUUCCCCACUUGCCCCCCUGUUUAUUUUAAUUUAUGCCCUGAUGGAAUUAAGGUUGGAGGCUAAGCAAUAUAUCAAAAAUUAUCGGAGACCGAUUUUAACGAAAAUAACUACCAGUACGGUUUUUAGUGACCUAUUCAUGUUAACAGCAUACAUUGGAGUUGUAACGAACGCAUGCAUACUGGCUUUUACAACAUCAUUUGUAGAAAGAGAAGUUUAUAGAUACAGUGAUAACUCAUCUUUAUAUGGAUUCUUUUACAGUACACUUUCAGUUUUUAAUGCAACCCAAUAUAAUUUGGACCAGCGUAUGGCUCUUGUUCCCAUACCGACAAACUUGACAGAGUGUUAUUACCAGGGAAAAAGGUAUCCUCCGGAACACGCGCGUCAAUACCAACGACGGGAACAUUUCUGGAUUGAAUAUUUCUAUAAAUUCUUAGUCGUCAUUGUUGUAGAACAUUUGGUGCUAAUUGUUAUUACUAUUUUGGAGGUCGUAAGUUCACCCAUACCGUACCACGUCAAGCAGAGAAUGAGAUUGGAAUGGAUUCAAAAGAAAGAACGCCAAAGAACAUAAUCACAAUUAUUGUACUCUG